CAUGCCAUGUCUAACCUGAAGUUUAAGCAUCAAAUUCCUUUCAGAGAUCGAUCAAAUUAUGCCUUCUAGCAGUGGUCCUAAUGGAGCGAUGAGUAUCGACAUAACCUCAACAGUAAAGAAGUUAAAUCAUAACGCAAGCGAACGAGAUCGUCGUAAGAAACUCAACAAUUUAUACUCAUCACUUCGUUCUUUACUUCCUGGCUCCGACCACACGAAGAAGCUAAGUAUUCCGGUGACGGUUUCUAAAGUGGUGAAAUACAUACCGGACUUGCAAAAACAAGUAGAUAAACUGAUACAAAGGAAAGAAGAGAUUUUAGCAAGCAUUUCUAAGCAGCAAACAGCUAGUGGAGGAGAUCAACUUAAUAAUAAUUAUACUAUUAGAGAUAGCAAGUCGAGAAAAGUGUUAGCCGUGAAAAAACAAGCUUUACCAACUGUAUCAGCAAAUAGAGUAGAUGACAGGGAAGUUGUAAUUCAAAUUUGCUCGUUAAAGGUUAACAUACCUUUAUUAUCUGAGGUUUUGCUAAAUUUGGAAAGGGAAGACUUUCGGGUCCUUAAUGCUUCAGCUUUUGACUCUAGUGGUGAUAGGGUUUUCUACAAUCUCCAUCUUCAGGUGAAAGAUACCCAAAGUCUACAAUGUGAAGUGUUAAAUGAGAAGUUGCUCUCUUUGUGUGGAAAAGAAGUCUUUUUCUCAUAAUUAUUUCACAGAUGAUCAUCAUAGCCUAAACAAAGAAGGUGUCGCCCAUGUUAAGCCAAUCUCCAAGUAAACAAGUGAAAAUUGUAACGCAUCUUUUGUAUUUUGAGUUAGUAUUAUUUAGCUUUUUUUGUUUUUUUUUUUCUUUCUAAUUCCGCAACAAAAUUAAGGCUCGUGUUACACUCAGACAAAUUCGCUAAUGAGACUCCCAAGAACACGGACAGUUAAAUCAGUUAA